AUGCUGUGCCACCGUCGAUUCACGCCUAAGGAAGCGCUGGAGGAGGUCCGGCACCUUCAGGCACUCAAUCACGGUCACGUUGUCCGCCUCGUGGGCAGCUACGCUCAGGGAAAACAUUUUUCCGUACUCACUUAUCCCGUAGCCGAGUGUGACCUGAAGGCCUUUCUGGCGCAGAUAGAGAGGCGGGGUUAUCCGUUCCAUAGCAGGAAAGGACUUGCCAAGGGGAUCAGCUGUCUAUCUGCUGCCAUUGAGCACAUUCAUGCAGCAGGUGUGAAGCAUAUGGAUCUCAAACCGCAAAACAUACUCGUCGAGGACUCGAACUGCCCAAGCGUGUUUAAGCAUCCCAGAUUCUACAUCACGGAUUUUGGCAUCUCCCGGUUCGUGCAAGAUCUGGAAGCAAGCGAGACUGAUGGGUUCUCUCAGCGUACUCUGAUGUACUGCAGUCCUGAAGUAGCCGCUGAACAGCCACGCGGACGAUCAUCAGACAUCUUCUCACUCGGAUGUGUUUUCGCGGAAAUGUUGACUUGCAUGGCAUGCAGGUCGCAAGCAGAGUUUCGUUCUUAUCGUGCGGAUGAUGGCGAGACCUUCCACAAAAAUCUCCCACAAGUGGUUGAGUGGAUAGACGAUCUACCUGCUGAUUAUGUCGGGAUAGUUCAUUUGCUUGCAGCAAAGAAAAUGACGGAGCUCGAGCCGCAGGAACUUGAAAAUACGGAAAUCAUCGCAAUCAAACGAAUGCUGCAACAAGAGCCUAAAGACAGGCCCACAGCCGCGGAUCUGGUCAAGUCCUUUCCCCCCUGGUUCUGCUGCAGCUCAGGAUCAGAGCCCUUUGUAAGGGUGGCUUAG